CCCGAAGCCAUUCAAAAUAAUUCGACCGUUGGGAAAAUAUUCAAAAUAAUCAUUGCCACUGAGUGAGUUCUCUCUCUCUCUCUCCCCCUUACGCGUUCGUUAGCCCUUGCAAAGUUCAAAGCAAUGGAGAACAAAAGAAUGGUGGCGAAUGAAGAACAGAGGCGCAGCCCCAGAAACCAGAAGGUCCCAUUAACUGAUUCCAAUGGCCAAAACAUGGCAACCCUUUUUAGCCCAAGGUUCAAAUCCGCGGCUGCUAUGGCUGGUUGGGAUGAAGAGGCACUGUUAUUGGCUAGCCUCAUCGUUGAAGACACGCCAGAUAGAGAUCCCAAGCACAAGAAGCGCUAUGUUUUGCACUCCAAAACCCCACCAAACUCAUCAAGGAAACGUAGAGCUCAGAGGAGUCCACAAGCUCCAAUCCCUGUAGUACUUGAUCUUGAUGCAGAAGAAACUCCCAAAAUAGAUAGUGGGAGAAAGAAGAAAGAAAAGAAAGCUUGUGUUGAGAAUGAGGGAAAGAAAGCGUGUGUUGAGAAUGAGGGAAGCAAAGUAGGAGAGGGUGGUAAUGAAUCGAAAGAGAAGAACCCAGGUGACGCUUCAUCUAGUUCUUCUCUUCCCUGCAUUGAUAAACUAAGGGAUGAGCUUUCCUGUGCUAUUUGUUUGGAAAUAUGCUUUGAGCCAAGUACCACUCCUUGUGGUCACAGCUUCUGUAGAAAAUGUCUACGAUCUGCUGCAGACAAGUGUGGCAAAAAGUGCCCAAAAUGCAGGCAAUUAAUCAGCAAUGGAAGAUCAUGCACUGUGAACACAGUUCUCUGGAACACAAUCCAGCUCCUGUUUCCACAAGAAGUUGAAGCAAGAAAAGAAGCUAGUGCCUUGAAUAGUCGCCAACAAGCUCAAAACCUGAGUCCAGAGUCAGCAUUUUUUGCUUACCUAAGGAACGACACACAACCUUUAAGGGUGGCAUCAAGCAGAAGCACGAAUUCAAUGAGGAGUGGGACAACAGCAACAACAACAACAACAACAACAACAACAACAUCAACACAGGAAAAUGAGGAUGCUGCAUUGGCUAGAAUGUUGCAGAGAGAAAUUGAUGAGCAAAGAAGCCUAGGAACGACUCGAACUCGGUUGGCGAGAUUGAGGGCAAGAAGAGGAGGAAGAGGGGUUUCUACUAGCCAACAUGAGGAUGCAGCUUUAGCUCUAAGGAUGCAGAGAGAAGAGUUCAUGCAAACUUAUAGAGGGAGCAGCCAGGAACAGUCUAGCAGGCUAACCUCAACAUCAUUAGCUAGAGAAAAUUUGAGGGCUAUGGCAUCUAGAGCCAUGAACAGAAGAAGGUGAAUGAAUGUGUGAAAAAGAUUGCAGUUUUAGCCUUGCCAUAAAUUUGAGGGCAUCUAGAGCCCUGAAAAUGUUGUUAACCAUGAAGCAUGUUAACAACUAUACUUUCUUUUUUUUUUCUUAAUGUCAUUUUAUGGUGAUCUUUGUGUCUCAUAAUUUGUGAAGUGCAUUGCUUUGAUUUCAAGGUACAAAAUGAAUCAUGCAGAACUGAACAGACAUUCUGAAUUAUGAUCUUUCCGAACUA